UUAAACUUGUCAUAUUUGGAUAUGAUAAAUAUUUCAUAUUUGGGCUUUGAAAAAAAACUUGAACCUGGGCCCAAUGACUUUCUGAGACUUUUCUUCCACAAACCAAUUAACAAACGGCAUCAUUGGGAUUUGUGUUUGUUCAUUGAGCUCUCAGUUCCUCACUCGAUCUCCAUCGCAAGCUCAAGUGAAGAUGACAAGAAAACCAAAGUUACGGAGUAUGAGAUCAACUGUCCACACGAUGUUUUCCUCAGCUUCAGAGGGGAAGACGUGCGCGUCAGAUUCCGUUCCCACUUUCUCAAGGAGCUCAACCGCAAACUAAUCACUCCCUUCAAGGACGAUGAGAUUGUAAAAGGCAGAUCCAUUGGCCAUGAGCUGAUCAACGCCAUUAGAGGAUCGAGGAUCUCUGUUGUCGCGUUCUCUGAUAACUACGCAAGUUCCAGCUGGUGCUUGGAUGAGCUGGUGGAGAUCAUCAAGUGCAGGGAAGAACUUGGCCAAAUUGUGAUACCAAUUUUCUAUGACGUGGAUCCUUCUCAUGUCAAGAAACAAACUGAAGGCUUUGGUGUGAUCUUCGAGAAGACUUGCCAAGGCAGAAAGGAGGAAGAGAAGCUUCGGUGGCGUCGAGCGUUGACUCAAGCAGCAACCAUAGCCGGAGAGGAUUCUCGGAACUGGUCUGACGAAGCAAAGAUGAUUGAGAAAAUCGUCAAUGAUGUUUCCAACAAACUGUGUUCAACAGCAUGCAAUGAUUUUGACGACUUUGUUGGAAUCGAAGCUCACAUGAAAAACAUGAAUUCGUUGUUGGAGUUGGAGUCAGAGAGGGUGGUAAUGGUAGGGAUUUGGGGUCCAUCUGGUGUUGGUAAGACUAGCAUAGGACGAGCUCUCUUUAGUCAACUCUCCUGUCAGUUCCAAGGAAGCAUUUUUAUUGACAAGACUAAGGAGAUUUAUACUAGGGCCAACUCUUACGACUACAACACCAAGUUGGACUUACAAGCACAGUUUCUGUCUGAAAUUUUGGACCAGAAGGACAUAAAGGUACAUAGUUUACAUACGAUGAUAGAUAGGUUAGGGCAGAAGAAAGUUCUUGUUGUGUUUGAUGAUAUGGAUGACCAAGUCCUCUUAGAUGCCGUGUUGGGAAAAACUAGAUGUGUUGGUCCUAGAAGUAGAAUUGUAGUGAUUUCGAAGGACAGGGAGCUUCUUAGGGCCUGCGGAAUUGAAUCUGAUCGUAUCUAUGAGGUGGAAUACCCGUCUAAAGAGCUAGCUUCCCAGAUGUUCUGCCGAUGUGCGUUCGGACAAGACUCUCCACCUGAUGGUUUUACGGAGCUUGCUAGUGAUGCUGUAGAGCUCAGCAGGAAUCUUCCACUGGCUCUCAACGUUUUGGGUUCAUCCCUCGCUGGGUUGAGGAAGGAGGAGUUGGAAGAGAGGAUGCCUAAGCUCGUAAAUCGUAUGGCUGGACAGGUUGAUAAAACAUUAAAAGACAGCUAUGACAGGCUAAAAGAAGAAGAUAAAGCUAUAUUCCGUCACAUAGCAUGCUUAUUUAAUCAUAAACCAUGUGACUACGUGAAAGGAUUGCUUGAAGAUAGUAAGUUGGAUGUGGAUGUUGGACUUGUUACUCUAGCUGAACGGUGCCUCAUUCAGAUAUCAGAGGAUAAGAUCAUAAGGAUGCACGAUUUCCUGCAAAAAAUGGGUAGAGAAAUCGUUCGGCAACCAUGUAUUCAGGACCCUGGAGAACGUGAAUUCUUAUUGGAUUCUAAGGAGAUCUAUGAUGUACUUGUUGAUGGAACUGGAACUAAAAGUGUUUUAGGCAUAUUUUUGAACUUACGUGAAAUCGAGGAUGAAUUAUCUAUUAGCGAGGAAGCAUUCAGUGGGAUGAAAAACCUUCGGUUUCUAAGAAUCUACGGGGUCUCAGAGGAGGAUAAAGAAACCAUUUUGCAAUUACGGGGAGGCAAAAACCGUAGGAGGCGCCAACUUGGAUUACGAAAAUGGUACUGGUGGGGGUCCAUGCAUUUACAAGAAGGCAAAAACCAUAUUUGGCGCCAACUUAGAUUACUGGAAUGGUGGGGGUGCUCAAUGACAAGCAUGCCUUUGAACUUUCGUGCAGAAAAUCUUGUUGAGCUCAGAAUGCCGGAUAGUCAACUUCACAAAUUGUGGGAAGGAGUUGAGGUGCUUAAAAGCCUCAAGACGAUGGAUUUGCGGAGAUCUAAACACCUGAAAGUAUUCCCAGAUCUUUCAAAGGCAACCAAUCUUGAGGAACUGUAUCUUGAAGAUUGCUGUAGUCUGGUGACGAUUCCUUCCUCUAUUCGUAGUCUCAAGAAACUGAGGAAGCUAGACAUGAAAAGAUGCACAAAACUGCGGGAUCUUCCAGCGAACAUUGACUUGGAGUCUCUACAUUCCCUCAACUUCAGUGGGUGCUCACAGUUAAGAAGUUUUCCUCAUAUCUCAAGGAAUAUUUCACAUCUCUUUCUAGAUGAAACCAAGAUUGAAGAAGUUCCUGAGCGGAUAGAAGACAUCUCUAGACUCAGUUACGUAUCGAUGAAAGGUUGCAAAAAUUUAAAAAGAAUAUCCCCAAACAUUUCGAAACUGGAGGUGAUAUUCUUUUCAGACUCUUAUUCUUUGGAUGAACAGAGUCACUAUACACAAGAAUGUGCACACAAGAUUAACAUUCCAGUAUCAAGUGGGUCUUCUUCUCGCAGUUGGAAGAAUGACGUCUUCCUAAGCUUCUAUGGGAAGGAUGUUCGCAAAACUUUAAUCAGUCACUUGUACAAGGAGUUCAGUAUCAGAAAGGUCACUGCAUGUACUGAUGAUAUGCUUGUGCCAGGCGAUGAGCAACAUGGGAUAAGAGAAUCAAGAAUAGCUGUAGUUGUGCUUUCAAAUAACUACGUGUCUUCGAGCUGGUGCUUGGAUGGGUUGGUGGAGAUCAUAAAGUGCGGCAAAGAGAUUGGUCAAGAAGUGAUACCCGUUUAUUACGGUGUGGAACCUGCUCAUAUCAGAACUCAGAUCCUAGACCUUGGAAAGGCCUCCAAGAAAGGGUAUACAGUAGACAAUCACAAGCAAAGGGUGGAAGCUUUGACUGUAUUAAACCAACUUAAGGGAUAUUAUUUCCCAGACUGCGACUCUGAAGCAGAGAUAAUUCAAAAAAUGGCGGACGAUAUUUCUUUUGCACUAAAUAUUACACCAAAAGAAUAUUUAGAUGUGGUGGGAGCAACAAUGCCUAGUAGUCUAAACCAGGAAACUGGGGAAGCACUGUACGAUAGGUUAGAUUGGAACGAGAAGGUUCUGUUUCGUCAUAUUGCUUGUUUUCUCAAUAAUAAGACAUAUGAGAAUGUGAUGCGGUUGCUGGAAGACAGUGAGUUGGAUGUUGGAAGUGGUCUUAAUAUUUUGUUGCAUACGUCUCUGAUACGAAUAUCAGAAAAGAGAGUCAUACGUAUGAAACCUGUGCUGCAAAAAUUAGGCAGAAAUAUAGUUCUUAGACCAUUCAUUAACCAGCCUGCAAAGCGUCAAUUCUUGAUGGAUACUAGCGAGGGUUGCGACGUUCUUAUUGAUCAAACUGGUAAUGAGAGGAUGUUUGUCAUUUCUUUUAAAGUAUCAGAGACAUCGAAAAGGGAUGAAAGAUUCAGAGGAAUGAAAAAAUUGCAGUUUCUGAGAAUGUUCAAGAAGAGUUUGUACGGUAAACAAGUCAGAGUUCAUUUAGUAAAAGGCCUCUUCUUUGUGGGAAUGACUUGAUAAUAUCUGAUGGAUAUUUUGCCGAGAAAAGGCAACACGUAUUUUAACUGGAGCCUACAUUGUUUAUCCCAUGAAGCAGCCAGUGUCGUUGCCCUCUGAAGAAAAAGAGUGAUCAACCUCGUUCUUGAAAAAAGGCAGAGUAAGGCUUUAACAGUCAAAGUGGAUAUACUCGCUUAUGUCUGCACUUGGUCUCAUUCUUUGUCGUCCAACUAUAUAUAUAUAUACAUAUUGUGAUACAUCAAGUGGAAAAGAUUUGCUAAGGACAGAAUAGAGGAAGAGAAACUUACAGCAAACAUAGCAGGAGAGGAUUCUCAGAAUAGGUACUUGCGUAAUUUUGAUCUUCCUGUUUUCUGUACAAGAUCCGGCUUCCGUUAGUAUCUACUUUAUGUUUGUGCUCUUCUGUCAUCACCAUCAAAAAUAUGAUUUCAUUGUUGAGUUUGUACUUGCAAACAGAGUUCAUGUCUGAAGGUUUUGGACCAGAAGGGCCUAAAGAUACAAGGUUUAGGUGCAGGGAAAGUUGUAUGAUUCUACUUAGUUCCACAUCUUAGCACUCUCGUUAAUAAUCACAAUACACAUCUUUGGUUCUUCACUAACUGAAUCAUAAA